GAAGUACCAAAUAUUCAAAGUAUUGUACCAGAUGCAGAAAUAGGGUAUAUACUUGAAGUUGAUUUAGAAGCCUCAGUGCACUUGCAUGAUUACUUUACAGAUUAUCCUUUAGCGCUAGAAAAGCAGAUAAUACCAGAAAACUGGCUUAGUCUAUACAAUGAAAUAUUAGUACGUGAUAAAAAUGUUGGAGAAGAGAAAUAUGUAUCUGGAAAAAAGCUAUCUCCGUGGAUAAAGGAAUAUAUUGAGGAAAAUAUUCAUAAACGCAAAAUAGCCAAGGCAAAUGGUGAUGAGUUUGGGGUCGUAUAUUAUAAGCUAAAAAAUAAUGCAGUCUUCGGCAAGCAGAUGAAGAAUGUCCGUAAACAUAUGAGAGUAGAAUUACCCCGAACAGAAGAGGAUAAAAAAAUCAGACGCCUAGCAAGUUCGCCAUUAUUU